AGGAGUUGAAGUGAGCGAGCGAGGAGGGAAGGAAGGAAGGAAGGAAGGAAAGAAGGGAGACUAAAUCCUCAGACGAGUUCCAUCCUGCCGCACACGCACACGGAGGACGGACGACAAGGUGAGAAGAAGCAACUCUGUUUGGAAAAAAACAAGAAGAAGAAGAAGAACUCAACAGGAUGAGAAGCUGCGAGUGUUCUGCUGUCACUUCUCCACCCUGACCUCCAACAUCUGGACCACACGGAGCUGCUGCGCACGCAUCCUCCUCUCCUCGCCUGUUCAACACCUGCGCAGGUGGAAGGCGGGAACUUAGCGCGCUUCCCGCGGACGUGACCCGCACCUGGAUGGGGGUGGACCCGCGGGGAAGUGGAGCGGUGGAGGUGUUAGCGGGGCGCGCAUUGACUCCCCUCGUCCCGUCCGCCGGAACCCGGGAGUAAAAGCGCGGGAAGGCAAGGGGACUUCCAUGCGUCUUCCCGGUGGGGGUGCGCGCGCAGGAGGACGCCGGAGGAGGAUCUCCGCUCCGACAAGUGACCGCAGCGGCUUCGGGAGGCGGGAUGGAGCGGCGGGGGGGCUAACGCUGGAUGUCCGUGGGAAGCGCAGGCAGUAGGGUGCCAACAUGGCCUCUCCCCGGGCGCACCCUCCGUGUCCCUUCCUGCUCCUCCUCGUCUUCCUGGGCGCCCUCCGCGCCCGGCCCCUCCUCCAGCACUCGUCCAUCAACGUGGCGGUGGUGUUCAGCGGCUCCGGCUACCAGAGCGAGGUCCGAGGGCGGCUGAGCGGCGAGAACUUCGUGGACCUGCCGGUGGUGGUGAGCCCCGUGACGGUGCUGGUCAACGACACCAACCCCCGGGACCUGCUGACCCGCCUCUGCGACGCCAUGGCCACGGAGAAGCUGCACGGCGUGGUGUUCGAGGACGACGUGGGCUCGGGCGCCGGCGCGCAG